UCCAUAGACACACACUAUCUUACAGCGGUCAUGCAGUUGCUUCCGGACCGCUCAAAUAUGGUGGACGCGAUGACGUAUUGAUUACGUUUGCAGUAGGUCGCAAACUCUUGUUUGCCUGUGCGUUUGAGAGUGCACGUGACAAAGAAGCACUUCUCCUUUCUGACCGGAAGUACGGAGUAGACAUAGUGAAAAGUCAUCAGAGACGGAAGCUGAAGCAUGUCUGCAGUAAAGACGGAAGAUUCAGAAACUGGAACGAGCAUGGUGAACGGCGGAGGAGCCGUGUACGAGGAUAAAGAGGAAAACGACAAUUCCAGAUCUGAAGAUCUCUCUGAGCUGCUGGCUGCAGGAACCAAAGAAGUUCACGAGCAAGCUGAAAACACACAGUUUGUCAAAGAUUUCCUUCAUGGACGCAUUCGCAAGGAGCUCUUUAAGCUUGGAGCCGUGGCGCUCUACUACACCUAUUCAGCCAUGGAAGAAGAGAUUGAGAAAAACAAGGAUCACCCACAGUUUGCACCCCUUUACUUCCCCAACGAGCUUCACCGGCGUGAGGCCUUGGCUCGGGAUCUCGAGUACUUCUACGGCGAGGACUGGCAGGGUCAGAUCAGCUGCUCUCCGGCCACCCAGCGCUACAUGGAGCGCAUUCAUGAAAUCGGUCGUGAAGACCCUGUGUUGCUGGUGGCUCACGCAUACACACGCUACAUGGGCGACCUCUCAGGGGGUCAGGUGUUGAAGAAAGUGGCCCAGCGUGCCCUCAAGCUGCCCCCUACAGGAGAGGGAGUCUUUUUCUACCAGUUCGACAGCAUCCACAGCAACAAAGCGUUCAAGCAGCUGUACCGCAGCCGAAUGAAUGAGCUGGAGCUCGACAUCAGCACCAAGGACAGGAUCGUUCAGGAGGCUGUGCGGGCUUUCCAGUUCAACAUGGAGGUUUUCCAAGAGCUGGAGGAAAUGGGGAAGACGAUUCAGGAAGACGUCUUGGAUGGAGGUCCGAUCCACGGUCACAUGCAAGGAGACAUCAGCAAAUGUCCUUACUAUGCUGCCAAAAUGGCUGCCAGUGGAGGAUCAGCAUAUGUUUAUCAAAUGGCUGCAGCGAUCCUCAGAAACCCCACAGGCCAGGUGCUGUUAGCUGCAUGGAUCGCAGCUCUUGCCGGAUUGGUCGCCUGGUACCUCAUAUGAUCCGUCCAUGGAACAGUAGAAGUGAAAUGUUUAUGCUGCUGUAGGCGCACCUUCCCCUUACCAGUAUCCCAGUCUGAAGAGAAGUGCUGAAGUUGUUCUCAGAUGAGCACGAAGGAGGAGCUUCCACCACCAGCCUCAGAAGAGAAGGAAGGCGGUUUGGGUCUAACGGACGAAUACACAUCCUUUACAUUCUUCUUCUACCUGGGAAAUAUCGCGUCCCACUGGCGUUUCGGUUUUUGAGAGAAAGUGUUCCGAAUUUUCCUCGUGAUCUUUUCACAUGUGCUGCGCAACGUACUGUAUGUAGAUAACUAUUAACGCUAACACAAGUCUACUACCUGCUUUGUGCUAUAUUAAAUUCAGUUCAGAAGUCUGUUUUUGAGCAACACGUUUAUUCCCUGGCCCAAACCAGCGCUCUCGUGGUCCUGGUUUCUGAGGUUUGUGAGGCUGUAGGGCGCCUGUUGCUCACGCGUGCACGCUGUAAUCGUAACGCUCUUCCCAGUCCUAGCUAGCAUCGGCUAACUAGCUAGUCUUGCUCGCUCUGUAGAUUCAUUAUCAUCACUGGUAAAAGAUGAUAUAAACGUUGGUUUAACUCUGGUAAGCUUUGGAGGCAGAAAUUCCAGAGAGGAGCCGUUUGUGCAUCUUCACAGUUAAAGUGGGACCUCACAUCGUGUACUGGUGAACAUGCUACAAUUAGCCAUGUUGUUAUUUGAUUUUAUUUUUUAAAUAAAAUUGCGAGUGAAAUUUUUCAGAUUCCGUAUGUUGUAAACGUGCACGGUUUUUUUUUUCAAGCGCUCUGCAGUGAUCACUAAACUCCACCAAACCAGAAAAAAAGGCCCAUUUAUUGCGCUCUGACUCUUACCCACAACUCCCUGCAGUUAUGCUCGAGGACCUGAUUGCAGAGGAUGGCUUGGAAGCAACAAGCAGAUGCGACGGAGAGGGAAAACUCGUAAAUUUAUAGGUCUAGAGUGGAUUUUGUUAUUAGUUGCGCUCGUCGUUAAGCAGACUUCAGGAAUAUGAUUAAAGUAAGGGGUAGUUUAUAUAUUUAGCUCAUGAACAUGUGUAGCAGGGGUCUUUAGUCUUAUCCACAAAAGGCUGUAGCCUUUCAUUCCAGGGAAAAUAGAGGUACACUUGAUAACUGAACGUAUUAAACAGGUGAGAUUAAUCAGCCGCUCCUGAUCGGUUGAAACGAAGUCCCGCAGCCACACCGGUCCUUUGUGGAUAAGAUUAAGGACACUCGAACUGUAGCCUACACACACAUGAUUUUAUAUACACUGCUGAGUCAGCAACUGCAGAUCAUUUCAAUACGCUUUAUUUGCUUGCUGAACGGUUUAUUCUUCAUCUCGUAUAAAUCUGCUUUUAAGUGGGGAAAUAAAACAGUGUUAUGCAUGAAACAGACAACAGGACAGACUACGAGUGUGUGUUUAUUAGCAACUAUUCCCCACUGUUUAACCACAAGCUCGGUGUUGCAGUGUAUGUUCUGUCUCUCAGUGUACAAGUGACUAAAUAUAAUCUGGCCAUUCAGAAACCAAACACUACUACUACCAAAUCAGUUCUUGAUGCAGUAGGCGGUUCUUUUGACAGGAUAUAUAUAUAAUGUAUAUAUGUGUGUGUACAAACACACACUAUCACAGUUACUUUUUUGCAACAGUUUUGUGGCACACAGUGUUUUCAUGAACGUGGUGUUAAUAUUUGACAAGAAUUGCAAUAGAAGAGCAGUAUGGGGGGAAAAAGGUAAAAUGCUUUCUCUUCCGAAGCGGAUAAAGUACUGCUGUCAAUACGCUGUGCUGUGAUUUUAAUACUGAUUUAUCAAUCCCAGCUUUUAAGUGUUGGGUAACACCGUAUAUUACCCACUUUUUAGAUAUUCAAAAACUGUUAUUGAAAGUGUGAUGGUUUUGUGGGAUUUUUCUUCAGCUGAUGAUGUGCUUAUGAGUAAAUAAUGUUACUAAGCUAAUAAUCGUGGCACAUAAAUCUAACACAGAGUUGCAGUUUUAGUGUUGAGCUUUUUUUUGGGGCCGUGCAGCUCAUUUUGUUUCUAAUGCUGAGGAAGUGAAUUUACCAAAAAUGUAUUCUUUGACCAAACUGAACAUUUCUAUACAAUUUGCAACAUUAGGUAGAUCUGACACACACACACCAAUUCAGAAGCUUUUGAAUCCGUAGUAAGGAAUAUGAGGAAAAGAAGCUUAAAAGCACUCAUUAAAUUCCUGUAUACGGUUUGGGACAACGUACAAGUCUGGAUUUUGAGAGCGUUUACGCAGUACGAAGCUGAUGUAAACAAUAUUAAAAGUCAGAGUCGAGAUUUAACUGAAUAGUACAGUAAUGGUAUAUUUGCACAAGUAUUGAAGCUGUUUCAGACCAACCCCAUGGUCUGUCUCCCUUUUAUGCAAGUAUCUAUUAAUGCAGACGUGAAUGUGGAUUUGCGCACACACUUGUAUAAGCAUAGUAGCUUGUGUCCUGAAAUGAAGAUGGAUUUUAUAGUUGGGUUUCAUCUCCUGAUAAAUAUUUGUGUGAAAUUUGUUCACGUUGACACCAAAUUAUGAGUCACUGGUUCUUCAGCUUCCCUACACCCAAACAAAAGGUGGUCAUGAUGGAUCAUUUAACUGCUAUCUAUUAUAAUUUGGGUUAUACUGUAUUAGCAGAGAUUGAACAUUAUGCAGACUAACACCAUGUUUAAAGAGGCUUUGCAAAGUCCACUUGUGCCACUUUUCCACCGCGCCGAACGACUCGACCAAGCUUGCUUUAUGGGGGCUUUCCACUCUGGAUAGUACUAUACUUUUUUUAGUACCACCUUGGUCGAGGGUCGAAAUGAGCCGAGCCGAUACUGAGGGAGUAAGGAUUCUCCUUAACGAGUGUUUCUGUAUUGUGCCUGAAUAAAUGUCAUUUAAUACAUACUUUGCGUAUGGUAAUACUCAUCAAUUUAAAAUAAUGUAUAAUUUCUCAUUACAGAUAAAAUUACAACAAAGGUUUCUGUCUUAGAUUUUUACAUCUCGCUCGUUAUCAGUUUCCAAACAGGAGUUUAUCGAAGUCACUCCUGUCGCGGCCGAAUCUAACAUGGUCAUAUCGAGCACUCUGUAGGGCAGGGGUGGGCAAUCUUAUCCAGUGCAGGUUUUCAUUCCAAGCAAGCAGGAGGCACACCUGAUUCCACCUGUUUAAUCAGUUGAUCUUGGCUUUCAAUAGAUUCAGGUGUGACUUCUGCUUGGCUGGAAUGAAAACCUGCACCCACACCGGCCCUUUCCGGAUAAGAUUGCCCACUCCUGACGUAGGAUCUAGAACGGCGUUAUUUUACAUCCUUAAUAGGGUCCAUGUUCAGUGAACAGGGAAGGCAUUUGGAAUAUGGCCUGAGUGUGUAUUUGUACAGGGCGUCAAUAAAAUAACAUUAUUUGUGCGUGAAGGCGAGUGGAAGAAGGCACGAAACUGCAGUGGAAAAGCAAGCUCAGACAAGUAAUGCAAGCCAAGUAAAGUCGAGCCAUACCGUGCAGUGGAGAAGUGGCUUUGGUGUUUGAGAAAUGUUAUGAAAAGGUUGAUGUGUGUUGUAACACAUGCCACUGACAUGCUGACCAAACUCUUAUAAUCAAACGAUAGAGAAGGUUUUAACACACACAGCUUGUAGUACCAAAGUGAGAGUCCAUGUUCAAGAGACUAACUGAUUUAUUCAUUCAUUUUUACAUAUUGCACGUUUAAAUGGGGACUGUACUAUAAUGCAGCAGCUUAACAGAACAUUUAGUUUAGGAUGAGUAACGGUUUUUACUGAUGGUUCAGUCUGUAUGCCCAGAUGUGUUCUUUUAACUACCAACUGUGUGACUAGUUCAAUCUGUUAAACUAAUAAAAUCUUAAAUCCAA